GUUAGUUCUCUAUAGAUUAGUUACGACGGCGGCUAGUUCUAACUGUUCAAAAAUAUGAAAAUUAUUGUUGCAAUUGUUUUGUGCUGGAUUUGCUUGAGUUCAUGUAAAAAAGUUCCGCGGCCACCAUGUAUCCACAAAAUCAAUGGUACAAAUGGUUUUGUUAAAUUUCCCGGAAUGCUGUUUAAUGACAAAGCGAAGAAAAUAUUUACAGAAGGGAGAAAAAUGAGAGGAAUUUGUAUCAUACACGGAAAAAUACCAGAAAAUAAUGAUUUGAUAUUGAAAAUACGCCCGUCAGUUGCCCACCAGAACUGGAUAUCGGUUGGUGGAAGGAUUUCAGAAAACGGCACUUGGAAAAAUAUGGUCAUUUUCCAAUAUAAUGAUCAAGGAUCAUUUGAUACGUACGCAGACCAUCAAUAUCGUACAUUUGCAAGAGAUGGUGAAUAUGGGACAAAAGACAUAAUGGUCCCAGGAUACAAAUUUGGCCAUGUAAGAAUUGUCUUCCCACGAAAAAAGACAAAUUUGGCAAUUUCAUACUCGUGGACUGAUACCCGAAAAGCCUGUAAAUCGUUGACUGACAUAGCUGACAUAGUAACGUGUACUGAUAGAAGAAAGGUGAAUUCAAAAUGCACAUUGAAGUGUAAGACUGGAUCCGCUCCUUCACCGAUAUUAUAUAAACUAGCCGGAGAUGGAAUUAAAAAGAAACUUCCUCUAAUGUCGACAACUUGCCGGGGAAAUGGUUUUCAGCCGCCUGACUGGUUUCCUAACAUUUCAUCAACCUACUACCAAACGAUCGUCGAUGGGAACUUCCGUAGGUUCAUUAAGAGACAGCUGCUUCCGACACUGAGAGUGGAACCCGAGGUGGAAGAAUGGUAUCGUGCAAUAUUGAUCCAUCCAACUGUUUUGGAGUUUUCGUAUGAAGAUUCGAUGAAUUCACACAAAUGCGUUAGUUUGGAAAACAUAGCGGAUGUCUGUUUUUGGGCAGAGCCAAGAUUUGUCACGGAUGGGAUUGUGAAUUCUUGGGUCGACAGUUGCGACUAUCCAAUUGAUUACAUUCUGAAGUUAUUCGGCGAAGAUGGAGACACUGGAAUUGACCCAGACACAAUUCCCGUUCCAACUAAACUAACACCAAAGGAUCGAAUUCUGCAAAUGGAUUCCGAAGAAGCAAAAUUGCAACUUCUUUGGAAAUUGAUAGAGCAAAGAGAAAUGUAUUUCAAAUGUGUUACUGAAAGCGGACAGGAUUGCAUAAUAGAUGAGUACGAAGAUCUGUACAAUGUUUUGCGAAAACAAGUUACCACCUCUAAGGUAGACAGUAUUUGGGAUGAAUUCAGUGGACAAGUAAUGAAUAAAUGUUACCCUACACAUGGUAUUGAAAGUGGACGUAGAAAACCUCAUUGUUCUUCCAACAUUUGUGAAUUAGUCAAAGUGAAACUGAGUGGUGGAAAAACAUCGUACAAAUAUAAGUACAAAUGUGCAAGCUUUAGAGGACGUGGCCGCCGCGGUGCGUGUAUUAUUUGCAGACACGGAAAGAACAAACUGUGUGAAACACCGAAGGCAUCUGGAUAAGUGGAGAAGCAAAAUAUAAAAAAUAUGACUUUAUGCCAAACUCACUCAUAACGCUACUAUAAUAAAAGUCAUCGCUGUUUUCUUUUGCUUAAUAAAUACAUUGUUCAGUGUAAAUUUGUUAGAAGUGUACCGUUUACUCUUGGAUGUCCAUGUUAAUGAUACUCGUACCAAACUUUCCCGUUCUGCAGGUAAUGCGAGUUAUCUUCAACACUAUGUUGAUACAGCUACACAUAAAGUGGUAUAUUUUCUCUUUCAAUCUUCUUUACAGUUUAUACAGGAUUAUGAUAGCGUAGAUGUAGGAUAGGGAUACGCAUCUCAAUCAAUUUUGCAUGGAAUCAAAAUGCGA